CUCACCUCGCCAGUCUCGCGGCUACAACGCCCGCGAAGUGUCGCGGACACGGUUGUUUCGUGUCGCUUUAUUGUCGGUGUUAAAUUGUACCAAAAUUAAUUAGAAAUAGUGUGAUUGCGAAAAAUCAAGCACCAUGGAUCCCGAAGCCUUCUUAGAUUUGGCCAACCAGGUCAUAAAGUUGAAAAUGUAUCCUUAUUUUGAUGUUGCACAUUCAUUACUGUGCGCCUUAGCAGUCAGAGAAGAUUUAGGGUCUGGGGCUCAAGCGUUUUCCCGUAAGCAUCCUUUGGCCUGCUGGCUAUCGACGAUGCUGGUGAUUUUCGCGGGUGGGAUGGUGGCCAAUGGCCUGCUCGGUGAGCCUAUCCUUGCCCCACUUAAGAACACUCCACAACUUCUCAUUGGAACAGUCACAUGGUAUUUUGUAUUCUACACGCCGUUCGACGUGGGCUAUAAAGUGGCGAAGUUCUUGCCAGUGAAGAUAACAGCGUCCGCCAUGAAGGAGAUCUACCGCGCGAAGAAAGUUUACGACGGUGUCAGCCACGCCGCCAAACUUUACCCCAACGCGUACAUCAUUAUGGUUAUUGUCGGAACAUUGAAGGGCAAUGGAGCUGGCUUUACCAAGCUGUUCGAGCGCUUGGUGCGCGGGGCGUGGACCCCCACCGCUAUGGAAACUAUGCAGCCUAGCUUCUACACGAAGGCGUCUUUGGUGGCUUCAGUGAUCUUCGUCCUGGACAAAAAGACGGAUCUGAUCUCAGCGCCUCACGCCCUCGUCUACUUUGGCAUUGUUAUAUUCUUCGUCUACUUUAAGUUGUCAUCAAUUCUGCUUGGCAUACACGAUCCGUUCGUGCCGUUCGAGAAUCUGUUCUGCGCACUGUUUAUGGGCGGUAUCUGGGACUCGCUGGCCAAGCUGCUCGGCAAGGGACAGCCCAAGGAGGAAACAAAGGAUACUAAGAAAACUAAUUAGUGGUUAUCAAUCGAUGAAAAUACGCCUUCAAUUGACACCGACAAUACAGAUCGCGACUAUUUUUCUGCACGAUCAAAUACAAUUGCGUUGGUUAUACCACGUUAUUGUAUUGGAUCGGCACCAGAACAAGAAAAUAUAAAAGUGUUAAAAAAAUUGAAAAAAUAUUUAAAACAUUUAAAAAAAUGGCACAACGACCAAUGUUAAAUUUUAUUAAUUUUAAGUUUGACUAGUCAUAUGAUUGUUACUUAAGUUAUACGAGGGAUAUCGUACGAUUUUAACUUUGUGUGUGUUUUUUAGUUCCUGAUUGUCCAAAGGUUUAUUUUUUAAAGCCAAAAGCACAGCUUGCCAGUGUUAAAAAAACGCCAAAUUAGUAUUAAAUAAUAAAAUGCAAUAUCUUAUAAUGACGUAAAUGA